GAACUUCCGUGCCGACCUUUUCUCGUUUUGCACGGGUUACAUUUGCUGUAACACAAGGUGCACCCUUAAAAAUGUAUUAUUUUAAUAACUUAACACAUGUGUUAAGAGACCGAAUUAUACACAUUAAUAUUCAUUCUGAACCGUUUGCGCAAACACUGUCCUAACUAAUAGACCACGACAGAUAGCUGGAGCAGAUAAACGCUUUCCACCUUGGCUUUUGAUCCCAUUACCAUGAAGUGGCUGUCCAAAGCUCAACGCAGUUAGCUUUGCAGAGCUGGUUGGCACCAUACAGCAAAACAACACCGACGGUUUAGCUAAUUUAAGGUUUUCCUGUUGGUAAUUUGACUUUCCUAAGGGGGUGGAACAUGAACAGCAUUAAAUUGUUUUUUUCACAACGGAAACUGUGGACUUUUGGAAGGAGUCGACACACAAGCCCUCUUCUUAAAGAUUUGGGUGGGUGUGGAAGGUCUUUUUCAUCCUCAUAUUGUCCAAAGGUGUGCAUUGUUGGAAGUGGCCCGGCAGGUUUCUAUACGGCUCAGCAUAUUAUCAAGGCUCGGCAAGAUGUUGAAGUUGACAUUUAUGAGCGACUGCCUGUUCCUUUUGGCUUGGUCAGGUUUGGAGUGGCUCCAGAUCACCCUGAAGUAAAGAAUGUCAUCAACACGUUCACACAGACAGCCAAGCAUUUGCGUUGCAGUUUCUACGGCAACGUGAAUGUGGGGAUGGAUGUGAGUGUCAGUGAGCUGCAGCAAGCCUACCAUGCUGUUGUUCUGAGUUAUGGGGCUGGGGGAAACAGAUGUAUUGGUGUGCCGGGCGAAGACUUGGCUGGCGUAUAUUCUGCCAAAGACUUUGUCGGCUGGUAUAAUGGGUUACCCAGCUGUCAAGAGCUGAGUCCUGACCUGAGUUCUGACACCGCCGUCAUCCUCGGACAAGGCAAUGUGGCCUUGGAUGUUGCAAGAAUCCUCCUAUCCCCUCUUGACAUUUUAAAGAAAACGGACAUCACCCAGCCGGCUCUGGAAGCUUUGGCAGAGAGCCGGGUUCGCAGGGUGUUGAUUGUCGGCAGGAGGGGACCCAUGCAGGUCGCAUGCACAAUCAAGGAGCUCAGAGAGAUGGUGAACCUACCCGGAACCCGACCUGAGAUGGUGGCAGCUGAUUUUCAAGGCGUCACAGAAGCUCUUAAAGGUUUGCCGAGGCCCCGGAAACGGCUCACAGAGUUGAUGCUGAAGACAGCUCUGGAGGUUCCUGGUGAAACGGAGCAGGAGAGACGGAGAAAUGCCUCCCGCAGCUGGGGUUUCAGGUUCUUCCGGAGCCCUGUUGAAGUUUUGGCAGAGCCCAACCACAACAGGGUAGCUGGCAUCCGACUGGCUGUUAACCAGCUGGAGGGUUCAGGGGAUGGAGCCCAGCCUGUGCUUACUGGAGAGAUGGAGGAUGUUAGCUGCGGGAUGGUCAUCAGCAGCAUUGGGUACAAAAGCCUCCCCAUUGACUCAUCUGUGCCGUUUGACUCCCGUAAAGCCAUCGUACCGAAUUCCAUGGGCCGCGUCCUACAAGCCACAGCUUUGUAUUGUAGUGGCUGGCUGAAAACAGGUCCCACAGGUGUGAUUGCCACCACUAUGAACAAUAGCUUUGACACUGUAAAAUCCCUGUUGGAGGACAUGGACUCCGGAACACUGGAUGUGUCUGCUCCAAAGACCGGUUCAGAAAGCAUAAGAACUCUGCUUGAUAAAAGAGGAGUAAAACUAAUAACAUUUUCUGACUGGGAGAAGAUCGACAACAUCGAGACAGCAAGGGGGGCAGCGUGUGGGAAACCCAGAGAAAAACUACUCACAGUAGAGGAAAUGCUGAAAGUGGCUCGAACAUGACUGAGGGGCAGUUUCCUUGUGACCCAGUAUCUGCGGAAGUCUAAAAUGGCAAGCGUUACAACCAAAGGGACCACAGUGACAGGAAAUGGUGUAAUGAAGAGCUCCACGUGGGCAGAAUUCAUUGGGCUUUCUUGUUCAAUCCAUUAGAGAGUGAGACAGAGACAUUCACUAUACAAUCAAGCAAUAAAUUCUGUAGUUUCUUUAAAAAUGUAAAGUUUAAAAUGAAUUGAGCAAUGUACCUCAUGUGACUCUGACUUGAAAUCAUGAUCUUUGUGCUCUCUGACAUCUCUGAAGUCUCUCACUAGCACUACAAGAAGGAGAAAUGUUUCCCUGUUGCCCUCUGAGGUUUUAUUGUCAUUUUUGUAUUAAAGUCAAAUGAAAACCAAUGAGAAAAUGUAUUUGCAGUAAAAAAUCUCAAUGAAUGCUUUCAUAUUUCUGUAUUGGGAGUAUAAUAAAUACAUAUGAAUAUAA